CCCGGGAGCGCCGCCGCCGGGUCUCCUCUUUUGGAGCGGAGCCCGCCGCAUCCCUCCUUUGUGCGGGGCGGCUGUGUGGGACGGGAAUGCGGGAGUUGCGGUGUUUUUUUUUUUAUUUCCCCUCUCCUUUCUCCUCUCGGCGGAGCGUGGACUGAAAUGAAAGCCUGACUGGGACCGACUGAGGGGGAGCCGGGGAAAUCAUGACUUCUGCCGCUGAAAUUAAGAAGCCACCAUUGGCCCCCAAGCCCAAGUUUGUGGUGGUAAAAAAUAAACCAACGCCACCUCCUAUUGCUCCUAAACCCGAUGUUGUGGUUUCUUGUGUUCCACAGUCCACAAAGAAAACCAAACCAGCAAUAGCUCCAAAGCCCAAAGUUCUGAAAAGCUCAUCAGUUCGAGACAUCAGGCAAUCACCCACAAGGAAAAUCACUGUGAACCUGGAAGAACAUAAAGAGGAAUUAUCUGAAAGCACCGACAAGGCCAAUUGCAAAAAUGUAGGGCAUCAGAGCAAUGACUGUAUUUCACCCGUGUGUUCCUACAGUGCUGAGUGUAUUUAUAAACUUGGAGACAGGGAGCAUUUGUGUGUAAAACAACUAGUCCUAGAGCCACUGGAAAUGUGGGAGAACUUAGAAAACAGUAAAACCGAUGAGUCCUCUUCAUCGAUAAAAACUAGGAGUAAAUGUAACUCUAAUGGUGAGAAGGUCAAGAGCCAGAGUGGAGUAGUUCGGAAGGGAGGCAUUCUAGAAGAGAAGCUGAAAGAUGUGUUAACCCAUCAAUCCUCAUCUUUGGUUUCCUCACAGAAGCACCAAUCCCCAGACAAACUCCAAAUGCAGGACAGGUGUCAUCCUGACAAACUCAGAGUGGAAUUGAUUAAUUUGUCACCUUCCCUCUCCAGCCUGGACAAAGUUCCUGAUUAUAACCUGCAAAUUCCUCAGGAUGAAUUCCAAAACUUGGAAACAUGUCACAAGGGCAAUGAAAAAAGCAAUACUUGUGUUCACCUGCCUGAACAAGGGGUUCUGGGAAAUGGCAAGAGGAGCACUUGUUCAUUGGCUGAUGGAGUUAGUAAGCAAUCAGAAGUCAAUGACCUUGGUCCCUUAGAACUUCAUUUAGAACCUUGUACCCCCAGAUUUCCGACUCCCAAGCCUAGAAAAACACGGGCUGCUUGUCUAGUACGCCAGAAGUAUGUUGAUCUGCAAAAUGAAAGUCUCGAAGAACCAGAGCAUUUUGAUAAUAACCCUUUUGAUCCUUCUGAGGAGAGUUUGAAACACCACAAAAGCAGUUUUCUGCAUCAGAACGCACUAUGUAAGAAGGAACAAGUGGACGAAGUGAAACCAGAAAGUGAAAGUGUGGACUCCAAUUGUGACAGACAAAACGUGGUACAUUCACAGAAAUCUUCGUGUCCUGAAACACCUUCUCUUUCGGAAAUGCGCCCCCCUGGAAAUACAGAAUCUCAUUUGAGUUCUGACAGCAAGAAGGGAGAUGAUUCUAGUAUGUUACUUGAGGUGGAUAAAGGGACCAACUUUAAACGGUGCAGUGUUUUAUCUAUGAGUCUUCCUAAGCAACUUAAAUUAAGUUGCAAUGAAUGCUUACCUACUGCCUGUAAUCCAGGAGUGUCUAGCCCUCAAAUACAAAAGAAAUCUCAAAUAAAAGAUGAAAAUUCCUCAAAAAUUGUACCCAAAAAACCUCAAAGACACAGUUUGCCUUCUUCAGGGGUGCUUAAAAAGGCUGCUUCAGAGGAACUUGUAGAGAAAAGUUCUUAUCCCUCAAAUGAAGAAAAAACAUCAGAGAAAAAUCUAGAAAGAAAUCACCUUCGGCGUUUGUAUGCCCCAGGCCAUGGUAUGUCAUCCUCCUUUGACAUGCCUAAACGAACUUCAGAAAAGCCAGUGUGGAAAUUACCUCAUCCUAUUUUACCCUUUUUAGGGAACCCAGAAUCCUUAAAGUCUAUGGCUAUCUCCUCUGAUAGUGUGCCUUCAGCUGCCUUGACCAAACCUCGAGCAAAAUCCUUAUCUGCAGUGGACUUAGAAAGGUGCACUAAGCCAAGCAAAGACACUCCGAAGAAAAACUCUUUGAAGAAGUUGCUCAAUAAGAAACUGUCCAUCUGCUUCUUGAAGAGCGAUUUCCAGAAAUUGUGGUCCAGAAACAGCCAGCCUGGAGAUGCAACUGCAGGCAGCUUCUCAGGUGCAGAGAGGAAAGGUUCUGAGAGACACUGGCAUAGUCUGCUAGCAGAUGUAGAGAAGAGAAGUAAACCCACUAAAGCCCAUUCUGCUGAUAAUUAUAGCAUGGUAUCAAAGAAGAAGAGGAAAAUGUCUCGGGUCCAGAGCAGUGCAGCCAACAGCCCCAGAGCAGAGUCUUUGGAUGACCAAUUGCUUUCCCAGGAGUCCUCAUCCCAGGAGUCUUACAGGAGUGUUUUAAGCAGCUGUGCCCCUGAGUAUGAAAAUAUCCGUCAUUAUGAGGAAAUACCAGAGUACGAAAACUUGCCCUUUAUUAAGUCUCUGGAGUUUGAGUGGCAGAAUUCCAGUAGCAUGGAGGAUGCUGAUGCAAACGUGUAUGAGAUAGAAGAGCCAUAUGAAGCUUUGGUGAGCCAGCUGCACCUUGGACCCAGACACCCACAUUUCAGCAGUUCUGGUGAAUCCCAAGAGAGGCAGAAUGAUUCGGAUCUUGGCCUUGGUGACCUUCCUUCAGAUGAGGAAGAUGAGGAAGUUCUCAGCAGUUCUGAUGAAGACAAUGCCAGCUCCGACUCCAGCAAAGUGGAGCCUGAUGGGCUGGGAGAGAAACAGGGUGAAGAUGAUACUGGAAUGAAAAGUAAAGUUCAUAAUAUUGCAAAGGAGAUCAUGAGUUCAGAGAAAGUGUUUGUGGAUGUGUUAAAACUUCUGCAUAUUGAUUUCCGGGAUGCAGUAGCCCAUGCUUCUAGACAACUUGGCAAACCUGUUAUUGAGGACCGGAUCCUAAAUCAAAUCCUGUACUACUUGCCUCAGCUCUAUGAGCUCAACAGGGAUCUCCUGAAGGAACUGGAGGAGAGAAUGUUAAACUGGACUGAACAACAAAGAAUCGCAGACAUUUUUAUGAAGAAGGGACCAUAUCUGAAAAUGUAUUCCACAUACAUCAAAGAAUUUGAUAAGAAUAUAGCGCUAUUGGAUGAACAGUGCAAGAAAAAUCCAGGCUUUGCUGCUGUUGUUAGAGAAUUUGAGAUGAGCCCCCGCUGUGCUAACCUGGCCCUCAAGCACUACCUGCUUAAGCCAGUUCAGAGGAUCCCCCAGUACAGACUGCUGCUCACAGACUAUUUGAAAAAUCUCUUAGAAGACUCUGGAGAUUACAGGGACACUCAAGGGGCCCUUGCUGUUGUUAUAGAGGUCGCCAACCACGCCAAUGACACAAUGAAGCAAGGGGACAACUUUCAGAAACUCAUGCAAAUCCAAUACAGCUUGAAUGGACAUCAUGAAAUAGUGCAGCCGGGGCGGAUUUUUCUCAAAGAAGGAACUCUGAUGAAGCUCUCUCGGAAAGACAUGCAGCCCCGAAUGUUUUUCUUGUUCAACGAUGCUCUAUUGUACACAACACCAGUGCAGUCAGGAAUGUACAAACUUAACAACAUGCUGUCAUUGGCUGGGAUGAAGGUCAGAAAACCCAGUCAAGAAGCAUAUCAGAAUGAACUCAAGAUUGAAAGUGUGGAGCGAUCCUUUAUCCUCUCUGCCAGUUCUGCCUCAGAAAGAGAUGAAUGGCUAGAAGCAAUUUCCAGGGCAAUAGAAGAAUAUGCUAAGAAAAGAACCACCUUCGGUCCUUCUCGGAGUGUUGAGGAGGCCGUCACAGAAAAUCAAGAGGAAGUCAGUCCUCUUGGAUCAAAGGCUCCCAUCUGGAUUCCUGACACCAGAGUGACCAUGUGCAUGAUCUGCACUAGUGAAUUCACGCUGACGUGGAGAAGGCACCACUGCCGGGCCUGCGGAAAGAUUGUAUGUCAAGCUUGUUCAUCAAAUAAGUAUGGCUUAAAUUACCUGAAAAAUCAACCAGCAAGAGUAUGUGAACAUUGUUUCCAUGAGCUACAAAAAUUAGAUCACCAGCAAUCUCCUAAGAUAGGAUCUCCUGGAAAUCACAGAUCACCUUCAAGUGCCUUAUCCUCUGUCUUGCAAAGCAUUCCAUCAGGGAGGAAACAGAAAAAAAUCCCUGCUGCUCUCAAAGAGGUAUCAGCAAACACAGAAGAUUCUUCUAUGAGUGGCUAUCUGUACAGAGCAAAGGGCAACAAAAAACCAUGGAAACAUUUGUGGUUUGUCAUAAAGAACAAAGUCCUGUAUACAUAUGCUGCAAGUGAGGAUGUGGCAGCUCUGGAGAGUCAGCCUUUGUUAGGGUUCACGGUCACUCAAGUGAAAGAAGAGAAUGCAGAGCCUCGAGUAUUCCAGUUACUGCACAAAAACAUGCUGUUUUAUGUAUUCAAAGCAGACGAUGCUCACUCAGCUCAAAAGUGGAUAGAAGCAUUCCAGGAAGGCACAGUAUUGUAGCAGUAUUGGUUUCUCUCUUCUCUGAAUCUAAAAAGGUGAAGUUUCAUCCAAGUGGCAUAAAUGGAGUACAGAAAUUUUAUUUAAAAAAUGAACACUGCCAAGAUAAAUUUAUUCGAAAUCUUUACCAGCUAAAAGAAAUUAUUUUGUUAGAUGUAAGGUAAUUUUUUUAAAUGUUUGUUUUUUAUGUGUUAUUUAUUAAAAUUUGGUGUUUACUUAAUGGUCAGAAUUAUUUCCCAGACUCACACUGAAUUCUGAAGUUCCCUUUCUUUAGAGGCCUGAAAAAUUUAUUACCACAGACUGUAUUAACUGCCUGUGCCACGAGUCAUGCUCUUUUCUCAAUGUGCUUUACAGUCCAACACUGAAACAUUGUCACUAGCAGUACAUUUUUGUAAAUAAAAAAACACAAACCAAGAAAAUUUCCCAUGCAGUGCUUGGUUUCAAAAUUAUUAUUGUAAGACUGCUGAUUUUUAAAAAUUGCAUGUUUUUUUUAAUCAAUAAACUUAGAUGA